CAGAACAGUGGCAGGAAUGCCUAUCUCACACAAACAAAUGAAGAUCUGCUGCAAGGAAACACAGUUCUGACGUCUGUACUGAACUGUGAUGGGCAACAUCAUGACUAUGACGAGAAAAAAACAGGUGUGCUUGAGGAUUCUGUCCUUUUUAGGGUUGCAUCUUGCGACAUCAUAUCCUGUUUUUGGUUUGUUUAGAUGUCAAGUAAAACAAGUAAAAAGACAGUAAUAAUAAAAAAAAGAACAAAUAAAUUUCAAACAACAGCACAAAUGAAUGCAAUAGAAUAAAGAGAAAUAUGAAAUAAACAUGGCUUUACAGUUUUUCUCAAAUGCUAAAACACAAAAGCCAAUCCUCUAAACCAAAUGACCAGUUGUCUAAACACAGUACUAAAUCUAGCCAUCAUUUUCCAAUAUCAUAAACACAUUUCACAUGAAGACACAAUUCACAAAACACAAUCCUCCAUUCUCAUAAAUCUUAACACAUUUUUCUUUGCUAAAACACAAGUUGCAAAAGAACUCUGCUCAUAUUCUCAAAUGAAAGCUCAUGUGAUGCAAAAUGCUUGCCACAGUCAGCAAUAUUUGAACAGAAUGAACACACCUGGCGUCAUUCAUUACACACAACGACUCAAAAUUGAAGACACUUGUUGCUAAUGCUGUGACCACAUGUAUAAAAGCAAGUUCAGAGUGCACGGUUUGCUGAAGAUUCCAAACAAGCACAAUGGAUGAAGGCAGAGUCAGGGGAAGAGGAAUUCGAGUCAGAGGAGGGAGAAGAGCUGGCCAUGGAAGAAGAGGAGCAGGCCAACGAGGAAGAGGAGUUCAAAUCAGAGGAGGAAGAGGAGCAGGCCAACAAGGGAGAGGAGAAGGUCCAGGAGGGAGAGCAAGACAACCUCGCACCAUCAUUACGGACGAGAUGCGAGCAACAGUCAUUGACCAUGUCAUUGUCCAUGGAAUGACAAUGGCUGAAGCAGGACUACGAGUCCGUCCAAACCUGAGUAGGUUCACCGUGGCCACCAUUAUCAGGGCAUUCAGACAACACAACAGAGUUGAAAGAAUGCCACAUAGAGGUGGGAGGGUUGCCAUAUUUACAGCGGCACAAGAAACUCUCAUUGUGGAUAUGGUUCGUGAGAACAACCUCAUCAGACUCCGGGAGAUCAGAGACAAAGUCAUUGCCGAUAAUGUCAACUUUGAGAGCAUUGAUGUCAGCUUGGCCACAAUAGAGUUCUCCGGCGCCAAAAGAUGCGGAUGAAACGGGUCUAUAGGGUUCCCUUUGAGCGCAACUCUGCGCGACACAAAGACCUACGUUACGAGUAUGUGCAAAGGAUAUUACAGUUGGACGCGAUGGCCAGACCUCAUGAGUACCUCUUCCUGGAUGAGGCUGGCUUCAACCUGCAGAAACGAAGGCAAAGAGGCCGUAACAUCAUUGGCCAAAGAGCCAUCACUGAGGUUCCUGGCCAACGGGGGGGUAAUAUUACUCUUUGUGCGGCCAUGGGUUUGGAGGGGCUUGUCCACCGGCAUGCUGUCCUUGGGUCUUACAACACUCAACGUCUCCUCACCUUCCUAGAGGAGCUAAAAGACAUCCUCCUGGACCGCCAACAACACCAUCCUGGGCCCGCACAUCACAUUUAUGUGAUCAUUUGGGACAAUGUACACUUCCACAAAACAAACCAAAUCAGAGAGUGGUUCACCACCAACAGUAACCACUUUUUAAACGUCUGUCUGCCACCCUACUCCCCUUUCCUGAACCCUAUAGAGGAGUUCUUCUCAUCGUGGAGAUGGAAGGUUUAUGACAGACAACCAUACACUAGAGAGAACCUCCUAAGGGCAAUGGAGCUGGCCUGUGUUGACAUCCCAGUGGAGGCCUUCCAAGGAUGGAUUCGCCAUUCCAGGGCGUUUUUCCCGUGGUGCCUGGCAAGAGACAAUAUAGCCUGCGACGUGGAUGAGGUGAUGUGGCCCGAUGCAGCUCAGCGACAUGAUGCCGCACAGUGAUUGUGGUGUGAAUAAAGUAAAUUAAAAAAACUUCACACCCUGAUCAUGUUUUCAAGAGUACUGUUGUGUGCAAUAGAUUCUGUUUUUGCAUUGAGUUGUUACAGUAGUGUACAUGCAGAAUUUACUAUAGAUUUAUACUCUUCAUAUGAAACUCACAAAUCUAAAUGCCUAAUCCUCUGCAGAGAUCUAAGAACAUCCAUUACUGUAAAGUUUCUAAAAAUAUGCAUUGGCAGUUAUGAAACAAAGAACCUUCUCACAAAUUGAGCAUUGUGUUUUCAAUUGUUUUGCUGUAGUGUGUAAUGAUGUGUAUAGUGUUUACAUUUUUGAAAGCUUCGAGCUGCUCUUUUGGUGUGAAAGUUUGAGUUUUGAAGUGAGAAGGUGUGGUUGUGUUUAUGUAGCUUUAGAAAAGGGUGUUGUGUUUAGACAUUGGGAAACAUGGAGGAAACAUUUGUCAAAUGUGUUUUAGCAUUUGAGAAAAACUGUAAGAUUUUCAGGUGGGUAUUCAGUAUAUUCAGGUAAGAAGUACUACAGAAAUUAAAGUAAUCAAAUAAAAAAUUAACACUGGAUAGUCUUCAUUGUAAAAAUUAAAUACAAAUGAAUGCUUACAAUUAGUUACAAAAGUUAGUCAAGAGCAGAGAGUGAGUAGGCCUAAGUAAGCCAGUCAUUUUGGUACUUGCGACUCACAGGCUGUUUGAGACUGAAAAGCGGCUUGUGCACUCCACUUAUAGAUCAAUGGUGCAUGUGCAUUUGGUGUGAGCACGAAACCUGUGGAAAUUAAUAAAAUUAUGCGCAAUACAAGCACUAUUUAACCGAGUGAGUGCGAGGAGGCGGGUGUGUGUCACUUCACCAGCAGAGAAAAGACAGUGAGAACGUGCAGCUAACGUUAUUGACUGCGCCGCUGGCAACAAAACGGAUCAGCUCAGAAUCACUAAGACAUGAGGAA